UGUUUGGCGUCGAUCUGUUUCAUAUGUCUUCACAAGCACUGCAAUUCUAGAUUGGUUUUGAUGGUUUGAUACUCCACACUGUUGCAGAGCACCUCGAAUGCGGGCCUUUGCAUCAAGUAUAUGGAAACAAACAUCUAGCGUUGGGCAACCUUCACCUAAUGUCAGUGCUGGCACAACGGAACACGAGACAGAAUGGGACAGAGUGAGCACUGCAGCACAGCAUCGGGGGGACAUGGAUUCUGAUCGUGCCAUUCAAGUUACUUCCACGACAUUUAAAUACAAUCGAUCUAUUACUGCAUUAAUGGCGUACUCAAAUUACGAGGAGAUGCUAAAAAGUGGUACUAUACCGAAUACGGAGACUUAUAAUACUGUGAUCGUUAGUUGUGCGAAUGCAGGCGGACGUGAUUCGUGGCAGAAAGCCUUGCAUCUAUUUUAUGAGAUGGAAACCAAGGGUGUCAAACGCGAUACGUUGACCUACAAUGCCACUAUAACCAUAUGCAAGAAGAGAUACCAGUGGAAACAGGCCUUGAAUCUGUUUUAUGAGAUGGAGACCAAUGGUAUCGAACGCGAUACGAUUACCUACAAUGCCAUUAUAUCCGCAUGCAAUAAGAGAUACCAGUGGCAGAAGGCCUUGGAUUUGUUUUAUGAGAUGGAGACUAAGGGUAUCGAACGCGAUACGAAGACCUACAGUGCCGCUAUAACGGCCUAUGGGAUGGGAAAACAGUGGCAGAAAGCCUUGAAUCUGUUUUAUGAGUUGGAGACCAAGGGUCUGAAACGCAAUAGGAUGACCUACAGUGCCGCUAUAUCCGUAUGCGGGAAGGGAGAUAUGUGGCAGAAGGCCUUGGAUCUGUUUUAUGAGAUGGAGACCAAGGGUAUCGAACAAAAUUGGAUGACCUACAGCGCCGCUAUAUACGCAUGCGAGAGGGGAGAGCAGUGGCAGAAAGCCUUGGAUCUGUUUUAUGAGAUGAAGACCAAGGGUAUUAAACGUGAUACGAUCAUCUACAAUACCAUUAUAUCCGCAUGCGAGAAGGUAGAUAAUGGGCAGAAGGCCUUGAAUCUGUUUCAUGAGAUGGGGACCAAAGGUAUCACACGCGAUACGGUGACCUACAAUACCACUAUAUCCGCGUGCGAGAAAGGAGAUCAGUGGCAGAAGGCCUUGAACCUGUUUAAUGAGAUGGAGACCAAGGGUAUCAAACGCAAUAAGAGGACCUAUAGUGCCGCUAUAUCCGCAUGCGGGAAGGGAGAUAUGUGGCAGUAUGCCUUGGAUCUGUUUUAUGAGAUGGAGACCAAAG